GUAAAAUUUUAUGACUUGAAUUUGCUAUAUAAAACGUUGGCCAUCGAUUGCGCCACUUUCUCACUGCCUGCCUUGUCCUCGUUGUGUAUUGUCAUCGUAGUAAUUCCAAGUAACAUCAUCGCCUGUCUCUUUCUUAUAAUCAAAAAUCUUCACAAUCCGUAGUACUAUGAACGAAAUCCAACCUUUCAAAAACGAGCACAGUACCGAGAUGAUCGACCACGCAAGCCCUGUCAACGAGAAGGCUGAUUAUGAAGAUCCAAGUCCGAAUGAGCUAUUGAAGUUAUCGGCCAAGCUAGAGAACCCACUAGCAGGAAAGUCCGCCAAAGAGUUGGUGUCGGAUGCCCAACACUUUUGCGAAGUCCAUAACCUCAAUGACCAUGUGGGCAUGUUUACUCGUGCAGCGUUGUUGGCCGCCGACCCAAAUAACCUCGACCGAGUUCCAGACAUCACGGACGAAGAACGAAAAUGGAUUGAGUCUGAAAAGACAAAUCGAUGGAAACAACCCUGGACAAUCUAUUAUGUCGCUAUCAUCUCUUCCAUGGCUGCCAUUGUACAAGGAAUGGACGAAUCCGUAGUGAACGGGGCUCAGCUAGGUUAUCAGGAGGAGUUCGGCAUCUCUUCAGACGGGACCAACAAGACAGCCUUACUUCAAGGAUUGGUCAACAGCGCACCUUAUCUGUGUUGUGCCGUCUUCGCUUGUUGGUUGACGGACCCACUCAAUCGCCUUCUUGGCAGACGGGGUGUGAUAUUCCUGUCGUGCUUCAUUGCUGGCAUCGCAUCUAUAUGGGAGGGGUUCACGUACUCUUGGCCCCAGUUGUUCGCUGCUCGCCUCGUUCUUGGACUCGGGAUCGGGCCCAAGUCCGCCACCGCCCCCGUCUAUACUGCCGAAUGUGCUCCAGCCCCCAUCAGAGGUGCAUUGGUCAUGCAGUGGCAAGUUUGGACUGCCUUUGGCAUUGCCCUUGGUGACAUUGUCUCAGUUAUCUUUGUCGAUUUAGCACCUAAUCUGGGAUGGCGUUUAAUGCUGGGCUCCACCGUUGUCGCACCCAUCAUCGUUUGCGGUAUGAUUUUCUACGCGCCAGAAUCGCCAAGAUGGUAUAUGUCAAAAGGCCGCGUAGCCGAUGCAUACGGAUCCAUGCAGCGACUCAGGUAUUGUGAUCUUCAAGCUGCCCGCGACCUCUAUUACAUGGCCGAGCUUUUGUCAUUGGAAAAGGCCCAGACAGAAGGUCGGAACUUACUCACUGAUAUGUGGAGAGUUCCCAGAGUGCGACGUGCAGCCCAAGCAUCAGGCUUGGUGAUGUUUAUGCAGCAGUUUUGUGGUGUCAAUGUCAUCGCGUACUACAGUUCCCAAAUCUUCGUGGAAGCUGGUUUUGAGCGCAAAGCAGCAUUGUUGACCACGAUGGGUACCGGACUCGUCAAUUGGAUAUUCGCCAUACCCGCCUUGUACACAAUCGAUACUUUCGGAAGACGUAACUUGUUAUUGGUGACUUUCCCGGCCAUGGCCGUAUGUCUACUGGCGACUGGAAUGGCUUUCUACAUCCCUCAAGAUGGGCCAGACGAUCAUCGUCGAGUCUCAGUGGUGGCCGCGGCUAUCUACCUGUACAUGGCAUUUUACAGCCCAGGAGAGGGGCCUGUGCCGUUCACAUACAGUGCCGAAGCAUUCCCUUUGUACAUCCGAGACUUUGGAAUGUCCUACGCUACCGCUGUUUGUUGGUUCUUCAACUUCGUGUUGGCCAUCACAUUUCCUUUGCUCCUCAACGCAUUCAAACCGCAAGGCGCUUUCGGAUGGUAUGCGGGGUGGUGUUGCAUCGGUUGGGUGCUGGUGUUAUUCUUCCUACCCGAAACCAAAGCGCUCACUCUCGAAGAGCUGGACUUAGUAUUUUCCGUCCCUACUGGAAAACAUGCUGCAUAUCAGGCACGCAAUACGAUGUUCCACAUCAGGAAGUACAUCUUGCGACAACGCGUUCAACCACUCCCACCGUUGUAUCAAAUGGAAAAAAUGAUGGCGUCUUGAAUUGUUCAAAGCUCGUUUGCAUUGAUUUCACUCGCAUUUUGACCGAAAUUUUUUAAUCUCUUGGUACAAGUAACUGUGGCAAAAUACUUUUCACAAAAAAGACGUCACCCAAUUCUGUCUUUCUUUUCUUUUUUGCCAACUCAAAUUUGUUAAGUAAGAGAGACGAAAUGUAAACAAUGUUGUAUCUUUAACUCUAGUGAAUGUGUUUAAAUUAAAAAUAUGAUGAUGUAUAAAAUGAAUGCAAUUUUGUCCAACUUUCAAUCUCCU